UGUUUAACAGAGCAAAAGGUUAUUAUUGUGUUUCGGAUCAGACCAUGUAUAGAAGAUCAGAAAGAAAGAGGACACAAACGAAUAGGGCUAAUAGUGGACAUGCCACAGCAGCGGUUAAGAAGGCUAAGCGCCAACAUUCAGAUGUUUCAAUUGAAAUGGAAGAGCACAUGACGGAGGACAAGUGGACGAAGUUGUGGAAGGAAGACAAAACAAAUCACACUUCAAAACUGUGUACCAUGUUUACCAAACACGUCGACAAAUUGAUAAACAGCCGUGAAAAAGUUAAAACUUUUGUCCCUCACUGUGGAAAAGCUGUUGAAAUAAAAUGGCUUUGGGAUAAAGGGCAUGAAGUUGUCGGAGUCAACUGUGGUGACAAGGCACUUAAAGAAUUUUUCGAAGAGAACAAAAUCGGAUACAGUGUAGAAACAAUCCCGGCGGUUAAAGGGAAAUUAUAUAAAAGUGAUGAUGGAAGAAUACGGUUGUAUUGCUGCGAUUUUUAUCAGUUCAACUCAGCUAUUGAAAGUGGAUUUGGAGCAGUUUGGGAUCAUAGUGGUUCUCUUAUUGCCGUCGACUUGGAUGAACAGGAAAAGUAUGUUGAUAUCAUCAAACCACUUAUGGGGGAAACGUGUGUGAAUCUCACUGUUCUCGACGAGUUAUCUGUGAAUUAUGACAAAAUCAGGACUUGGUUCACAGAUGGGUUCAGAGUCGAAGCAAGUGAUUAUGCGAAAGCAGACAAAAACCUAAAAAAUUUUGGCAUCAAAGGACAUCAACUAUACACAAUAUUCAAAAUAUGACAAUUUGUAUAAUUAACAAUGUAGUAUGUUUAUCAAUACACAUCUUGAUUUGUUUCUUUCUUCUGAAAAACAUAAUAAAUGAUACUAUAUCUGA